UCAUCACGUUGUCUUCACAUUUACAUUAGCCAACUCAUGUUAUCAUAAUAGAUAGAUGAUGAUGGAGAUAUAUAUUUGCUACAUCCUAUGGAUGUUGUGUGCAAUCUUUGUUCAUGGGCAGCUCCAACAAGGCUUCAUAAGCAUUGAUUGUGGCACUUCCGUGAAUUUCACAUACCUAGACAUUGAUACUGGCAUUUCCUAUGCUCCUGAUGAAGCUUAUAUAGACAAUGGGAUUAACAAGAACAUCUCUUCUGAGUAUGCAUAUCCAAACAAUCUCAACCUGCCUUACCCACUUUCUGAUCUUAGAAGUUUUCCUCUUGGAAACAAAAAUUGUUACACCUUAAAGCCCCCUGUUGGAAAAGGCAAUUUGUACUUGAUAAGAGCUUCAUUCUUGUAUGGAAACUAUGAUGGACUAAACAAGUUACCAGAAUUUGACAUCUAUUUUGAUGUCAAUCUUUGGUCCUCUAUAAAAUUUAGUGAAGCUUCUGAGACUGUCAUAACUGAGAUUAUUGGUAUUGCACAAUCAGACAACAUUCACAUUUGUCUCGUGAACAAAGGCUUGGGAACUCCUUUUAUUUCAGCCUUGGAGCUUAGACCUCUAAAUAAUUCAAUUUAUGAUACCGAGUUUGGGACAUCUGCUUCAUUAGUACUCUUCCAAAGAUUGGAUGUUGGAUCAACCAAUGGAAGUGGAAGAUAUAAAGAUGACAUUUAUGAUCGCCUUUGGUCCUCCUACAUGCUUCCUACUUGGGAUUCAAUCACCACUUCAACAGCGAUAAAUAAUAAUAAUAAUGGCUAUCAAGCACCACAGGAAGUCAUUCAGACAGCUGCUAGGCCAGCGAAUGAUAGUGAACCCUUGAGAUUGUAUUGGAGUAUCGAUGAUCCUAACUCUCAAUUUUAUGUAUACUUGUACCUUGCUGAAGUGGAGCAGCUUGAGAAGAACCAGUCGAGGAAGUUCAAUAUAUCUUGGAAUGAUCCACCGUUGUCUACGCCGUUUAGUCCUCGUUACUUACAUGCAACCACAAUAUCUAGUCCAAGAGCCUUGGUGGGUAAAGAGCACUGGAUUUCUAUAUACAAAACAGAGGAUUCAGCCCUUCCACCCAUCCUCAAUGCUGUUGAGAUUUACUUGGUUAAACAGCUAAAUGAAUCGUCAACAUUCAGUGAAGAUGUUGAUGCUGUCAUGAAUGUCAAAACAAUGUAUAAGAUAAGCAAACACUGGGUGGGUGAUCCCUGCGGGCCAAAGAAUUACUCUUGGGAAGGUCUAAUAUGCCAAUACAAUGGUUCAGUUCCUCCACGGAUAAUCUCAAUGAACCUGACCUCAUGUGAUUUGACUGGGACCAUUGCAGCUUCUUUUGCAAAGCUCUCAUUACUGGAAUCCUUGGAUUUAUCAAACAAUAGCUUAACUGGACCAGUACCUGAAUUUUUGGAAGAACUCAAAUAUUUGAAGUUCCUGAAUUUGAAAAACAACCAAUUAUCAGGUUCUGUUCCUACGGCUCUUAUUGAAAGAUCAGAGGCUGGAUUACUUACAUUGAGUGUGGAUGAUCAAGUGGAUGACCAAAAUGUUUGUAGCUCAAGUUCAUGCAAAAACAAGAAGACAAAUUAUGUUCCAAUACUAGCACCAACAAUGUCAGCAUUGGUCCUCUUUAUUGCUUUGCUUGUCAUUUGGAAACUGAGAAGAAGAAGGAAAUCGGCUAAAGAGUUGGUUGUCUCCAGCAAAAAACAUAUCAUAGUAUCAAAGAAGAGGCAAUUUACUUAUGCUGAGGUUUUAAAGAUUACAAACAACUUCAAUACUGUCAUUGGGAAGGGAGGAUUUGGGACUGUGUACCAUGGUCAAAGGGCAGAUGGCACCCAUGUUGCAGUUAAGAUGCUCUCUGCAUCAUCAUCUCAAGGGCCUAAGGAAUUCCAAACUGAGGCUGAGCUCUUAAUGACAGUUUACCAUAGGAACUUGGCAUCUUUUGUUGGAUACUGUGAUGAUGGUGACAACAUGGCACUAAUUUAUGAAUAUAUGGCUAACGGCAACCUAAAAGAUUAUCUUUCAGAUACACGUUCACAUACCUUGAGUUGGGAGAUGAGACUCCACAUUGCAAUUGAUGCUGCACAAGGACUAGAGUACUUGCAUCAUGGAUGCAAGCCACCUAUAAUACACAGAGAUGUAAAGUCAGCCAACAUCCUUUUAAGUGAGAGCUUGGAUGCUAAGAUAGCAGAUUUUGGUCUCUCCAAGGUCUUUCCAAGUGAUAACCAAAGUCAUGUAGAAACUACAGUCAUGGGCACAACUGGAUAUCUUGACCCUGAGUACUACAAUUCUCGAAAGUUAAAUGAGAAAAGUGACGUCUUCAGUUUUGGGAUUGUUCUGUUAGAGCUAAUCACUGGCCAACCUGCGAUUGUAAAAAAUGAUGAACCAAUCCACCUGGUGCAUUGGGUGAGUCCUAAGCUUGAAAUGGGGGAUAUAGAAAGUGUUGUUGAUAAAAGGUUGCAGGGAGAUUUUGAUGUGAAUUCUAUCUUGAAAGCUUUAGAAUUAGCAAUGACAUGCACUACACCCACCUCCAGUCAAAGAGCUGCCAUGAGUCUUGUGUUAUUAGAACUAAAAGAAUGUUUAGCAAUGGAAUUGUCUCGUAGUCAAGAGAAAAAUAUGGGUUUAAGGGAGGAGAUCACUACUAAAUCGUACAAUUCAUCUGAAGUGUAUUCUAAGGAUAUUGAUUCCAUGACUGGUCCAUUAGCAAGGUAGAUUUUUUUUGGGGAGAAUUAAUGGUAGAAGCAAGGUAGAUUUAGAUGGUCUAAUUAAGUUAA